CUAUUAUUGUGUCUGCGCGCGUGUGUGUGUGUGCGAGUGUGUGUGCGAGUGUGUGCCUGCCGAGAUAUACCCACACUCGGACGAUCAGACCCACACACGCACGUAGGUACGCAGUGUCUGUUCGGCGGCGCGCGUACAACGUCUCUCGUGUGGUUGCACGGCGGGCUAGCUGAAGCCAACGGGUUCGUGGUCGCGGUGGGUGCCGGGCCGUGUCCGAGGAAUACACGACGACAACAAGAACGAACGGUACAAACACAGAUAGAACAUAUUUACGUGCAGACGUAUAGUGACGGCGAGCACGAUGGCGGCGGCGGCGGCGGCGGUGGAUAAGGACGAAAACGCUUCGUCAGCGGUGCUGGCGAAAAUACUGGCCAUGGCGUUCCUGGGCGUGUCUUCGUUCGUGGCCGGCAGCACGCCGGUGUGCGUGUUCGAGCGGCUGGGAAUCCGGCGACGGGCGCGCGGCGCCGCCAACACCGCGCUCCGGUUGAUACUCAACUUCGGCGGCGGCGUGCUGCUGUGCACCACGUUCCUGCACCUGUUGCCCGAGGUCCGGGAGGGCGUCGAGCAGCUGAUCGCCGACGAGACGCUCGACUCGAAAUCGCCCGUGUCCGGCCUGCUCGCCGAGCUCAUCAUGUGCACGGGUUUCUUCUUCAUGUACUCGAUCGAGGAGCUGGUGCACGGGUUCGCGGGCGGUGACUGUCAUGCGCACCACAGCGGCCACAGCACCGCGGACCAGGGUCAGGCCGAUGACGCCGGGGUGCCGCAACAGCGCCGAGGCGACGCGGCGACCACCGCCGGCCAACCGAACGCCGUCGGGUAUGACAAGAUGGACGCGGCCGGACGGGUGGCCAACUACAACUCGUGCAUGUCUUCCGUAGAGCUGGCGGCGGCCGUCAAGAAGUCGGCGCCGAAACCGGUGCCGGCCGCCGCGUCCGAGUCGGUCGUCCGCGGCUUUUUGGUCGUCGGCGCGCUCAGCAUACACGAACUGUUCGAGGGCCUGGCCGUCGGUCUGGAGAAAAAUUCCACGCAGGUUUGGUCACUUACUGUGGCCGUUGCAUGCCAUAAGCUGGUCAUCGCUUUUUACGUCGGAUUACAGAUGCUUUCAGACAGGACAAAGCCAUUGCUAGCGCAUUGUUCAAUAUUGCUUUUUGCUGUCACAUCUCCGAUAGGUAUUGGCGUAGGCACUUUAGUCAGCAAUCUCGAAGAAACAAACAGUGUGGUCCUAUUUUCAGUCGUUUUACAAGGAUUAGCUACCGGCACGUUGAUGUAUGUGGUGUUUUUUGAAGUGCUCAAACCGUCACCUGGAAAUUUACAAAUUAAACAAAGAAUAUUACGACUAAUAUUUAUUGCUAUUGGUUUUGUGUCAAUGCUUUCCAUCCAAUUGCUUAUAUCCGAAUCCGAAUAAUAUUUCUCAACUAAUUUACAUGGACCUAAACAGAUAAAUGUAUCUAUUUGUGUUAGAUAAGUAUAUAUGACUAUAUUAUGUCCAUCUGUUCAUUUAUCUACCUACCUAUACAAUUAUCAAUUGGACGUUAGAUACUAAGAUAUUAUGUAUUAUUAUAUAUCAUAAUACUUUACUAUUUAUGAUAAUAAUAUAUUAAUAUAUUAUAUACAUCAUGAAGGGAAGUAAAAUGUGAAAAUACUUAGAG